ACGCGUCAACGCGUUACACGUUCUGUGUGUAAGAGCUCUUACUCUCACUCCUCCCCAAUUGUUUAUUCACUUCCUUUUCUUCGUGUGUUGGCAGAUAUACCAAGAUAUACUUUACUUGUGUGCUAAUUGGCGAUAAAGUAACUCGAGUAUUUCAAAAAGGCAAUUAAAACAACUUAGAAACAAUGGGUAAUAAAAAGAAAUCAGCACAAAAUCCAAAUGCAGUUGCAAAUCAAUCGAUGGAUGAAAUAAAAAAUGGUUCAGUAAAAAAAAACAAGAAUUCCAAGUUGAAAAGUACAUCUGGAGGCAAGACAGCUUUGAUUAACAAUUCAAAAAUACAAAAUAAAAAUCAAUCAUCUCAGAAAAAUCUCCAGAAUAUUACUGAUGCAAAGAAUAAUCAGAAUUUACUUCAAAAUAACAAGAAAGAAUUGAAAGAACAAUAUUCUCUGAAAGGAAAAGGAAAGGUUUCAAAUCAAUCACAAAACAGACCAGUCAACAGGAAGAUGACAGAAAAGGAAUUAGAAGUUGAUGACUCUGAGUCAUCGGAUUGGCAAAGUAUGGAAAGUGAAGUUGAUGAUGUUUCAGAUAUACAUAAGAAGAGUUUAGCAGAUGAAUCAGAGGAGGAUGAUGAGGAUUCUGAAGAAGAAGAUGAAGAUGACGAGAGUUGCGAAAAUGAAGAUGUUAGGGAUGAAAGUAGCAGCGGAAACGAUGAAGAUGAUGAGAGUUGCGAAAAUGAAAAUGUUGGGGAUGAAGGUAGCAGUGGAAACGAUGAAGAUGACAAGAGUUGCGAAAAUGAAAAUGUUGGGGAUGAAGGUAGCAGUGGAAACGAUGACGAUGACGAUGACGACGACGACGACGACGAUGACGACGACGAUGACGAUGACGACGACGAUGACGACGACGACGACGACGACGACGACGACGACGACGACGACGACGGCGGCGACGACGACGACGAUGACGAUGACGAUAACGAUAAUGAUGAUGAUGAUGAUGAUGAUGAACAAGAAGAAAAAAAAGAUAUAGAUGAAAUGGAAAUUUGUAAUGAUAUAGAAAUGCAAACGAUUGGAGACUGCAUCAUAAGAGAGACGUACAAAUUUAGGAAAUAUUUUUCCGUCCCUGAUGAAGUGGUUAAUAGAACAACUAUUAAAAUUGAACAUCUUCCCAAGACUAUAACUGAAGAAGAAAUAAGAACAAAAUUUGAAAAGUUUGGUUCCAUUAAAAACAUAUGCUUGAGAACAAAACAAAAAAGUAAAAAUAAAUUUAAUAUAAAACGUCCAAAUAAUCCACUCGGUGAAGUUUCAGCAUGCAUUGAAUAUGAUAGUCCAAUAUCUGCCAGAAGGGCAUUUAGCAUGCAUAGAAAGCUAUUUGGAGGAAAUACAAUAAACGUACAGUAUAUGGAUAGAUUCUACUUAGCCCACCCAUUUGAUGGUAGUAAAUGUGUAUGGAUAAGCAAUCUGAUUCUUGGUGCAGAUAACGCCUCUCUUUGGAAAGCGUUUCAUAAAUGUGGAGAAAUAGAAUAUGUACAUGUAUUUCGAAGUCACAUUUCAGGAUUUGGCCAUGGGUUUGCUUAUGUUGUUUUUAUGAAGAAAAAUGCUGUAAAUGAGGCUGUAAAACUAGAUGGAACUAUGAUUCUGGAUCAGCAAAUAAAAGUAACCGCAUGUUGUCCUGAGAAAGUAAAAGAUAGAAAAGGUCAAUUAAAAAAAGCUAAAGAAAUAAAGAAAGUUUUAGUUAAAGACACAGAAAAUUUACAACAUAAAAGCAAUAAUAAAAAUCCACCUAAAAAAUUCAAGAAUAAUUCGGGAAAAGCUGUAGCACGUAAAGCUAAAAAUAAAAAACAAUAGAUACCUCAGAAAAGUAAUGUUAAAAUAAAGGCCUUGUAGAAAAGAAAUCGACACCAUUCUAGGAGGACAAAAAGCUAA